CGCUCCUGCACCAUACGCGCGUUGUGGCCUUUGCUAUACGUCCGACCAAAAGAACCCACCACCAAGUCCUAACAAACAAACAAAAUUGAAAGAAACCAGUCACCAGCCUCACGCAUAGCCGGCGUAACCAACAACCACCGGCAUCUCAACGCUUCACCGGUCUCCUCCACCUGCUGCCGCAAUUCAUCCACAGCCAGUGCUCGCCGUCACAGCUUAUCCACAUUCCACAGCCAGGUAUCCCGCGUUUCACAGCGCCUCCACCACCGGCUUCCUCCACCUCCGGAGAUGACGGGUUUUCCCUCACCCAAAUCCAGGUAAACUUUGUUCUUAAUUAAUUAAUUUAGAAUGCUGCAAUUGUUCAAUCCUGAAUCUGGAAUCAGGUAAAGUCCUAAUCUCCCAAUUCUAUUUUAUUUUCUGGGUUAAUUUUUGAAAUAUUGUUUAGUUCAAUUCAAUUUUUCAGACUUGAUACGCGUGAAAUAGUGUACCGUUCAUCAGAUUGUUUAAUUAGUACUCUCUCAUAAUCCGUACUGACUAGAAUCCCAAAAUUAAACCACUCAAAAACGAACAUUAAAUGAGAAGUAGUCCAUUUCUCAUUACACUCGUAGUCACCUGAAAAACCAAGAAAAACACAUUGUAAUUUUAUUGCCUCAAGAGAAUCAGCACUAGGCACGCUGCUUUACCAAAUUUGUCUCCCUACUAAAAUAUUCAUCACUUCCCGUUAAUCUUAUCAUCAAUUUCCUAAAUCUCUCUGCUUAAUACAAAUUAAAGUACCAACUUGACAAUUUAAUCUCACUCUUAUUUACCUAACUACAUUUUCUUCCAGUACUUUACUGUUAAAAAAAUUCACUAAUUACACAAUUAGGUGUCUUCUUUUUACAUGUAAUAAAGUAGUUAAACCACCAAUAUUUAAAAGAGUUAACCUCAUAAGAAGUUAAACCAACGAUGGCAAACACAACAGAACCUCCUGAAAGAGUACCAGAGAAAUCUGCAUCCUCUGCCUUUCUCUAACCAAGAUUCAGUGCCCGUUAAUUACUUUUUUUUGAUUUUUUUAGUUUUAGAAUUAUCGUAAACUAUUCCGAUAAAACCACAAUCUGACGAUUUUUCUAGUAUCUUUAUACUAAACCAAAAUGUCUGAGCUUCAAUACUAUAUUCCACGGGGCCCCCAUUUAGAUUAUGUGUCUUUAUUUCUUUUUCCCGUUACCCGCUCCAAAUAUAAAUAUCCACCUCCCUCCCUCCCUCCACUUUCUCUCACUUCACACUGUUCCCACUCCACCCCAAAAAAGCAACCAGAACUUUCCACUUUUCAUUUGUCUCUCUCCUCAAAUUCUAACAACUUUCCACUAUUAGAAAGAAAAUUAAUAAAAAUGGCGGACGACUCCAACGGUCGGAAGCUGGUGGUGGAAAUGUGCAAUGCCAAGAACUUGAUGCCCAAAGACGGCCAAGGGACUGCUAGUGCAUUUGUAAUGGUGGAUUUUGAUGGCCAGCGCCGUCGAACGAAGACGAUCUCGAGGGAUCUUAACCCUCAAUGGGAUGAGAAGCUCGACUUCGCCGUGCAUAAUGCGGAAGCCAUGGAUGUCGAGGUUCUGGAAAUUAAUGUUUAUAAUGAUAAGAAGGCUGCAAAACGGUCUAAUUUUCUUGGAAAGGUGAAGAUUGGUGGUGCGGCAUUCGCCAAAUUAGGGGAGGAGAGUUUAAUUUAUUAUCCGUUGGAGAAGCGGAGUGUUUUUUCGCAGAUUAAAGGCGAGAUUGGGCUUAAGGUUUGGUAUGAGGAUCCGCCGGCGCCGCCUGUAGAGGAGGAGAAGAAGGCGGAAGACGGGGAUAAAAAGGAGGAGAAGGUGGAUGAGGAAGAGAACAAAACGGAGGUGGAGGAGGAGAAAAAAGACCAGGAGGCUAAAACUGUAGAGGAGAAGGAGAAGAAGGUGGAGGUUAAGGAGGAGGAGAAGCCACCGGAGGAAAAUCCACCACCGGAAGUUAAAGAGGAGGCUCCUUCUCCGCCAGAUACGGCGGUGGAAGUUGUUAAUCCGCCGGUUGCCGAAAAUGUAAAGCUGGAGGGUAAUAAUGAGAGGAAGAAUCAGGAAGUUUCUGUAACAAAUGCUACUCUUAUUAGUGGUAGUACUACUACUAGAGGAGCUGAUUUGGAGCUGCGGUCUAUUUCCGGGUCGGACCGGAGGCAUGGAACCGGGUAUGAUUUAGUAGACCGGAUGCCGUUUCUGUAUGUUCGAGUUGUGAAAGCGAAACGGUCCAAACCAGAUGCGGAUUCAUCAAGUUUUGCCAAGUUGGUGAUUGGUACUCACAGCAUUAAAACGACGACGGAGAAGAAUGAGAAGGAUUGGGAUCAGGUGUUUGCGUUUGACAAGGAAGGGUUGAAUUCGAGUUCACUUGAAGUGUCAGUUUGGGCAGAGAAAAAGGAAGAAUCAGAGGGUGCAAAAAUUGAGGAGAAACGUGUUGGAACGGUGUCGUUUGAUUUGCAGGAGGUACCGAAACGGGUGCCCCCGGAUAGUCCUUUGGCGCCGCAAUGGUAUACUCUAGAAGGUUCCGAUGGUGGGAGUAUUGAUGUCAUGGUGGCGGUUUGGGUCGGAACCCAAGCCGACGAGGCGUUCCAGGAGGCUUGGCAGUCGGAUUCGGGUGGGUUGAUUCCGGAAACCCGAGCAAAAGUUUACUUGUCUCCAAAGCUGUGGUACUUGCGUGUAACGGUUAUCCAAACCCAAGAUUUGCAGUUAGGUUCGGGAUCUUCCGAACCAAAAAGUCGAACGCCUGAUCUCUAUGUAAAGGCUCAGCUUGGUGGUCAGCUUUUUAAAACGGGUCGGAUGACAUUGGGGUCCACAAAUCCUACGUGGAAUGAAGACUUGGUGUUUGUGGCUGCGGAGCCGUUUGAUCCUUUCUUGGUGGUGACGGUUGAUGAUGUUACAAGUGGACAAUCUGUCGGGUUCGCGAAGGUACACGUGGCAAGUGUAGAGCGGAGGACGGAUGAUCGUGCCCAGCCUAAGUCAAGAUGGUUCAAUUUGGUUGGGGAGGAUGAGAAGAGCAAGCCUUACGCUGGGAGGAUACACCUCCGCACCUGUAUUGAAGGAGGGUAUCACGUGCUUGACGAAGCAGCUCACGUGACUAGCGAUGUCCGAGCCUCAGCGAAGCAACUUGCCAAACCUCCUAUUGGGUUUCUUGAGGUUGGUAUACGAGGAGCCAACAAUUUAUUGCCCGUCAAGACCAAAGACGGGACCCGUGGUACUACGGAUGCUUACGUGGUAGCUAAAUACGGGCCAAAGUGGGUUCGUACUCGAACCAUACUUGACCGGUUCAACCCUCGUUGGAACGAGCAAUAUACAUGGGAUGUGUAUGACCCAUGUACAGUUCUAACCAUUGGGGUGUUUGACAAUGGGCGAUACAAUAAGGAUGAUGCUAGUAAACCCGGGAAGGAUAUCCGGAUUGGGAAGCUAAGAUUGCGUUUAUCAGCUCUUGAUGCAAAUCGGGUUUACUUGAACACAUACCCGCUUACCGUAUUGCUCCCAGGCGGGGCAAGAAGAAUGGGUGAGCUAGAAAUAAGUGUGAGGUUCACAUGUUCAUCUUGGAUCAGCCUUCUUCAAGCAUACUCAAGUCCAAUGCUGCCAAGAAUGCAUUAUGUAUGUCCAUUAGGCAGAGCCCAACAAGACAUCUUGCGCCACACAGCAAUGAGGAUCGUGACCGCUAGGCUAGCUCGAUCUGAACCACCUUUGGGCCUUGAAGUGGUCCAAUACAUGCUUGAUUCAGACACACACAUUUGGAGCAUGAGAAAGAGCAAGGUUAAUUGGUUUAGAGUGGUCAGUGGGCUAUCCAAAUUAGCCACUUUGGCUAGGUGGCUUAAUGGGAUUCGAACAUGGGCGCACCCACCAACAACCAUCCUAGUCCACAUUGUACUCAUAGCUAUAGUCUUAUGCCCACACCUUGUGCUACCCACUUUCUUCAUGUAUGCUUUCCUAAUCCUAGCUUUCCGGAUUAGGUACCGUGCGAAGGUCCCUUUUAGCAUGGACCCUCGCAUAUCUUGCGUGGAUGUAGUCAGCAACGACGAGCUAGAUGAGGAGUUCGAUGGGCUGCCUACCACACGAUCAACCGAUGUAGUCCGGAUACGAUACGAUAGGCUAAGAGCCUUGGCAGGAAGGGCCCAAUCAUUUUUGGGAGACAUGGCAGCCCAAUGGGAGAGAGUGGAGGCCUUGUACAACUGGAGGGAUCCAAGAGCCACAGGGUUGUUUUUGGUAUUUUGCUUGAUCGCGUCGUUAGCAUUCUAUGUGGUACCAUUUAAGGCGUUUGUGUUGGGUACAACAUUCUACUACUUAAGACAUCCAAAGUUUAGGGAUGACAUGCCAUCGGUUCCUGCCAACUUUUUCCGGCGUCUACCCUCACUUUCCGACCAGAUUAUCUGAAUAUUGUACCGGGGCGGGGGGUUGAACGGUAUUCUGUCAAGGGUAGUGCACUUCCCUGGUGUAUUAGAUAAUGUUGCUUCAUACUUUUUGUUAUCUUAAUGAAGGAUGUACCACUUUAUUUUUAUUCUUUUAAACAAGACUUCUGUAUACUCCAUACCCUUUAUUUUAUUUUAUUUUAUUUUUUGAAUACUGAAAUACACAGCAUUUAAUUUGUAAAUUAAAUGGGGAAAAGAUUUAAGGAAAUUUAAUUUGGCGGCA